AUGAGUAUUUCAAAGUGUGCAACAAAGUUUCAAUCAGUUUUCAAUGACAUUUCAACUUGGGAUGGAAGUUUGAAAUAUAGCGAGAUUUUCGAAGUCGAAGGAUUGAAAUGGUAAAUUUUGUUUUUUCUUGAAAAUAUUGAUUUUUUGUUUCAGGGCAGUUGGAAUUGAGCAAAAUGUAGUAGAUAAAGAAAAAUAUCUAUCAGUUUUAUUGAAAAUAGCAAAUAUGGAAGAGGAAAAAGCAGCGGUUUGCCACGUUGAUGCAGGCUUCAGAAUUAUCGAUAAGAGACAUAAUAAACGUGAUAUAUUGAUGAACUUCGAAAGAAAACAAUAUAAUUUCCAAAAUAUCGAGGAAAAAUUGACAUUGGUAUUGUGGAAACAGAUAAUUCAAAGUCAAUAUGAUGAUUGUGAUAGAUGGUAUUCGCAUCAAUAUUUUCCUUCAAACUACAUUGUAAAUGAUUCAAUUGUGAUCGAAACUAACUUGGAUUUUUUAUAUCAAAACUACUCGCAAAAUUCCGGCACUUCUUCGGAUAUCUGCGUCAAAAUCGAAAGUGUCGAUCUUUAUUUGAAGAAAAGCGAUUUGUUCUUGAGUUCCGAAUAUUUCAAUAAUUUAUUCCUAAAGAGCGAGAAUAAAAUUGUACAAAUUGAUGAUAUCAAACUUGCUGAUUUCUUCAAUAUUUUACUCAUUAUUCAUCCAAAAAUAAUGCCAGGAUUUUCGAAAUUCGCGAAAUUUUUAGAACUCGAUGAUUUUGCGAAAUAUGUGGAACUUGCUGAUCGUUUCAAUAUUGAUAUUGUUCAUUCGAAAAUCGCUAUUGCUAUGUUUUCAAUCUUGGAAAAUGUGCCAAAAACAUCUGCCUCUUUCGAUUUUCCGAAAUUUCGUCUGAAAUGUUUGAAAUUCGCUGACAAAUACAAUUAUUUGGAUAUAAUGGUACGUGUUAAAACCAUAUUAAAAGUGUAUGAAAAAAAUUCCUAUAUUUUUGCAGAACCUUUGCCUCAAUUCAUUCGAAAGUAUUGAAGAAAUUCGAGAUGCCUCAAAAUCCAAAGAUUUCGAAAUUUUGAGCCCAGAAACAAAAUCACGUGUUCUUUAUCGUAUUUUGGAGUUCGCCUAG